CCAGGAGUCGAGGUCGGAGCGGGGCCGGACCUCGGGGGCCUCCGUCGGCCGAGAGCUCCUGCCAGGGAGUCGCCGCCGCCUCGUCCUACUUCUCCGCUGAGGCGCCGCGCGUCCGGGUAGCGGGUCCAGGCCUAAGCCGCGCUCCCGGGGCCUCCCGGGGCCGCCCGGGCUCAGUAUGCCCGCGGUGAAGCUGACCACACAGGCGUACUGCAAGAUGGUGCUACACGGUGCCAAGUACCCUCACUGCGCCGUCAACGGACUUCUGGUGGCCGAGAAGCAGAAGCCGCGCAAGGAGCACCUCCCUCUGGGCGGCCCGGGCGCCCACCACACCCUCUUCGUGGACUGUAUUCCUCUCUUCCACGGCACCCUGGCUCUCGCCCCCAUGCUGGAGGUGGCCCUCACCUUGAAUAUCGAAGAAAACCCUUCCCCUUUUCAGCCUCCUUCUAUGAGCUCUGAUGACUAUUGGAUAACCCCGAGUCAGUAUACUGCUCCUCACUUUCAUGGUCUGCAUUCCCCAGUGAUUGAUUCAUGGUGCAAAGAUAAUAGCUAUGUGAUUGCUGGUUAUUAUCAAGCUAAUGAACGUGUAAAGGAUGCCAGUCCGAACCAGGUUGCUGAAAAGGUGGCUUCCAGGAUUGCCGAAGGCUUCAGCGACACCGCCCUCAUCAUGGUAGACAACACGAAGUUUACAAUGGACUGCCUCGUGCCUACGAUCCACGUGUACGAACACCACGAGAACAGAUGGCGGUGCAGAGACCCACACUAUGAUUACUGUGAAGACUGGCCCGAAGCCCAGAGGAUUUCAGCCUCGCUCCUGGAUAGCCGGUCCUAUGAAACCCUAGUGGACUUCGACAAUCACCUGGAUGAUAUUCGGAAUGACUGGACAAACCCAGAAAUCAAUAAAGCUGUUCUCCACCUGUGUUAGGGAGGGAGUCCACUCACUAGUCUCUGGGCAUUUCCACUACACUGGAGAAGAAAACAUAUUUUUAAAUGUAAAUAGAAUAUUACUUAGCCUGAGUAGAAAGCUGGCAGUGUCAAAAAGUGGCUUGUGCCCUGAAAGAGGGCGGAAUGUCUACUCAGCCGUCUUUUUACUGCAGUCUCUAGAAGAGGCACGGAGGAUCCAGACCUCCCUGUGGAUUCCCUCCCAGUUGUAUGUUGCUAUAAUCUUCCAAAUCAAAGCUGUUUCCACUUAUCCAAGAUUGUUCCUAUUAAACAGUUUUAACUAACCUUUUAUAAUCUGGAGAGAAUACUUUUGAAUCCUAUGAACUAUGUUAAAAAAAAAAAAAAACCACAUCUUAUACUGGAA